CCAAACGGUCAGUUCUUUAAUUGAAUAAGAUAUUUUCCGUUCCUUCCUCAACCCCCACCCCAAUGUGUAACCUUUUAUUUUCUUGACAUUCACAGUAAGGUAACCCCCACACAAUGACAGUAGCCAUUGGGCCAGAGCAAAAGAAUUCCAGAGAAUACAAUUCCCCUGCAAGACUGCAACUGCCAUUAUAUUUAUCAUAUAUCUCUUGUUAAACUUUGUUUGAUUGUUUACUUGUAUAAUUCUACGAGUUUCAAGGCUUUAUUUAGAUAAAAAAAAUUUAGAAAACAAAAUUUUAGAGACUAGAGAGGGACAAAGAGCAUUGAAUGCAUUUUGCAACCUCUUAGGUGCACACGCAUCACUUGCCUCUUCACUACUUGCUGCUGCCUCUCUUCCUACAUUCUCUCUUCUCUCUCUUUAUAUUCUCCUUUACAGCUUUUCACCCUCCAAGUUCCAACCUUUUUGGCCAUCUCUCUUGCUCACUCGGAGACAAAAAGCCAUGAACCCACCAGCAGAAUUUGUGGAGCAAGGGAUAUCUCCACAGAAUGUAAAGAAGGCAUCCUGCAUGAGCGUGAUCACAUUGGCUUAUCAAAGUCUUGGAGUGGUUUACGGUGACCUUAGCACAUCCCCUCUCUACGUUUACAAGACCACUUUCUCUGGGAAGUUGAGCCUUCAUGAGGAUGACGAGGAAAUUUAUGGAGUGCUCUCCUUUAUCUUUUGGACAUUUACUCUCAUCGCUCUUGUCAAAUACAUAUUCUUUGUCAUGUCAGCUGAUGACAACGGUGAAGGUGGUACCUUUGCAUUGUACUCUCUUCUUUGCCGACAUGCGAAACUCAGCAUUUUACCAAAUCAACAAGCCACAGAUGAAAAGUUGUCUACCUAUGCAACAGAAGCAUCUGCAGACACAUGGCAGAGUUCUGCACUGAAGUCAUUGUUUGAGAAGCAUCCAAGAUUUCACAAAAUGCUUUUGAUCUUUGUUCUUUUGGGGACGUGUAUGGCAAUUGGUGAUGGCGUACUCACCCCUACAAUAUCAGUCCUUUCAGCAGUUUCAGGGGUCAAAGUUAAAAUCACUGGACUCCAUGAGAAUUACAUAGUUAUAAUCUCGUGUGUCAUACUGGUGGGGCUUUUUUCUCUUCAGCAUCAUGGAACAAACAGAGUUGCUUUCUUGUUUGCUCCUAUUGUCACGGCAUGGCUUCUGUGUAUUAGUAGCAUUGGAAUAUACAACAUAUUCCGGUGGAAUCGACAUGUAUUUUGUGCGAUUUCUCCCAUUUACAUGCUGAAGUUUCUUAAAAAUACUGGCACUGAGGGAUGGGUGUCACUAGGAGGAGUGGUCCUUUCAAUUACAGGAGUGGAGACGAUGUUUGCAGACUUGGGCCAUUUUUCUUCAUCAUCAAUAAAGGUUGCCUUCACUUGUGUAGUAUAUCCCUGCUUAAUUCUUGCAUAUAUGGGUGAGGCGGCAUUCCUUUCCAAGCACCAUGAAGAUAUCCAGAGAAGCUUCUACAAAGCUAUACCAGAAUCUGUGUUUUGGCCAGUGUUCAUAGUGGCAACUUUUGCAGCUGUGGUAGGAAGUCAGGCUGUAAUAUCAGCUACAUUUUCCAUGAUAAGUCAGUGCUGUGCCCUGAAUUGCUUCCCACGUGUGAAAAUUGUUCAUACUUCAAGCAAAAUAUAUGGGCAGAUAUACAUUCCAGAGGUCAAUUGGAUGUUAAUGUGCCUUUGUUUGGCUGUGACAAUUGGAUUGAGAGACACUAACAUGAUGGGCCAUGCAUAUGGUCUGGCUGUCACUACUGUUAUGUUCGUGACAACUUGCUUGAUGGCACUGGUGAUGAUAAUUGUGUGGAAGAAAAAAAUAAUUAUUGCAGUUGCUUUCUUAUUGUUUUUUGGAUCGAUUGAAGUGCUUUACAUUUCAGCAUCUGUUUACAAGGUGCCAGAAGGUGGGUGGAUUCCACUUGUGCUGUCUUUGAUCUUUAUGGUUCUAAUGUACAUAUGGAACUACGGAACAAUGAAGAAACAUCAAUUUGAUGUGGAGAACAAGGUUUCGAUGAAUAGGAUAGUGUCUCUUGGACCUAGCCUGGGCAUGGUCCGUGUUCCUGGAAUAGGUUUGGUUUACUCCAACCUGGCUAUUGGAGUCCCUGCUGUUUUUGGACACUUCGUAACAAACCUGCCUGCCUUCCAUCAGGUGCUAGUUUUUGUCUGUGUCAAAUCUGUUCAAGUUCCUCAUGUCAGUGAAAAUGAACGGCUGCUUAUCAGUAGGGUCGGCCCAAAGGAGUAUGGCAUGUUUCGGUGCAUUGUAAGGUAUGGUUACAAAGAUCUGCAACAGGAAAACUAUGAUUUUGAGAACAGACUGGUAUCCGGAAUAGUUCAGUUUGUAGAAACAGAGGAAGAAAGUGCAUCUAAACUGACAAGCGAAUCAUUUGGGGAAUUUGAAAAUACAGCUUUCAAAGGCUUUGUUGCUUCAGAGCACCCCUAUACAAACUCAUGUCACAAGGAGAAAAUGGUGCCAUCUUCAUGUGAUAUUCAAGCAGAAGUGGCUAAAACUGGCAGUGAACGUCUAGAAAAUACUCAACUUAAUCACGAAUCGUUGCAAAUACUGAAAGCUAAGGAGUCUGGUGUUGCUUACAUUCUUGGGCAUUCCCACGCGAAGGCAAAGAAAUCAUCCUCUAUCAUCAAGAAAAUUGCAAUCAAUGUGGUAUACACUUUUCUGAGCAAGAAUUCUAGAGAACCUGAUGUUAUUCUUAAUGUGCCUCACACCUCCUUGCUGGAGGUUGGCAUGAUUUAUUAUGUCUAAGUUCUACAGGAGGGACACUAGCAAUUAGGAGAUUCUACACCUAGAGGGGAAAAAAGAAAGAAAGAAGACCACUGUUCAUUACGGUGACAGAUAUCGAGUACAGUCCGGAUAGUAGCCUAGAGAAUGGUGAGCUUUCUAGUCCUUUUUGAAUCCAGGCUUUACAGGUUUGCAUGGCACACCUUGCUUGUUCAUAUGGGAUUUAUGUUUGAUGACUAAACACCAUAUAACACCAUCACCAACAAUUACUAGAAAAUGUAUAGUCUUAUUUCUUGAAAUUGUUGGCUGUUCUAACAUAACACAUGCACAUGAAAGUUAAUGCCAUUCUGAAACAUUUGCUGAUAAA